AUGCCUCUACGAUAUUUGGUACCAUUAGCACUUCGAACAAGCGGUGCCAAUACUAUAAAAGAACAAGGUUCGGAUUGUUCACCUGUGAAACUUAUUUCAUAUACCAUUUUCGACCUGAAAAAUAUUUCGAAAAAAAGCGUUGUCGAAGAAAUUCAUGUCAAUGUUAACGGACUACAGUUAGCUCUCGACAAGAUUGAAAAUUUCAUACCCGAUGGUAGUUUAUUGGUGACAUAUGGUAUCACCGCAAUACGACAAGUAAUUCAUCCACUUGCGUUGCGAAAUUCUAUAAAUCUUGGUGAAAUAUUUUAUAAAUUUUUCAAUAUUGCUCAAUUUGAUGAUAUUUUUAUUAAACCAUUAAUGCCAUCCUCAACAACGACAAACGAUUGUUGCAAUAAUCUUAACGAAGAGAUUUGCGCUAUUUGUGAACGAUUAUGCGAUUUGGUUACAAAUGGCUAUCUUAGCGAAGAUUCAUUUGAUUUAAAUAAAGCAAAUCACUUAAUAAAAGAGAAAUUUAUUAAAGGUGAAAAUGUGAAUGAGCUCAGGCCAUAUAUUGAUGAAGUUCGGGUUGAACUACAAAAUGGCUUGUGCGAAACUGAAGUUGAUCCAUCAGUGAUUGUGCGUGCAAGGGGACUUCCUUGGCAAGCUACAGAUCUCGACGUUGCUCAGUUUUUUAUUGGUCUCAAUAUUGCCCCCGGUGGAGUAGCACUUUGUUUGAGCGCAGAAGGUCGUCGUAAUGGCGAAGCACUUGUCCGAUUCGAAACAAAUGAGCAGCGCGAACUCGCUUUAAAAAGGAAUCGGCAUUUUCUUAAUAAUCGCUAUAUUGAAGUUUACCGAGCCACAAAAGAGGAUUUUCUUCAAGUUAUUGCUAGUAGCAGUUCACUAGUGCCAUUAUUGGUUAUCAGUGAUUUUACUGAUUCAGCUAGCUACAAAGAAUGA